UGUGACACUGUUUUGAUGUCUUCUGAUGAUGGUAUGACUGGAUCAGAGGUAUCCCCUUUGGUCAAAACGUGCAUGCUUUCAUCAAAUGGAUUUCAAAAUAUUAAUAGAUGUAAAGAAAAAGACUUGGAUGAUACACGCAUGAAGCAUAGUAAGUCAGAAAGCCCAUUUAGAGAAACAGAACCUCCAGUGUUGCCACACCAGGAUAAACUCAUAUCUUUGCCAGUUAUGACUAUAGAUUAUUCCAAAACAAUAGUUAAAGAACCAGUUGAUGUGAGAGUUUCUUGCUGUAAAACCAAAGAUUCAGAUAUAUACUGUACUUCAAACGACAACCGCCCUUCUUUGUGUCAUUCUGGAGCUGAAAAUACUGAGCCUUUAGUAACAAAGAUUUCUUCAAAUAGCUUUAUGAAUGUGCAUUUGAAAUCAAAAACAGUUAUAUGUGAUAAUGGAAGUCUGACAGAUCAGCACUCAAAAUUUGCAUGUGGAGAAUAUAAGCAGAGUGUUGGUAGUACUAGUUCAGCUUCUGUUAAUCAUUUUGAUGAUUUAUAUCAACCUACAGGGAGCUCAUGUAUUGCUUCAUCUCUUCAGAGUCUUCCACCAGGAAUAAAAGUAGACAGUUUAACUGUCUUGCAGUGUGGAGAGAAUACAUCUCCAGUUUUGGAUGCUGUGCUGAAGAGUAAAAGCUCAGAGUUUUUAAAGCAUUCAGAGAAAGAAAUAAUAGAAGUAGGUAGUGGCCUUCCUGAUUCAGGAAGAGGAUUUGCUUCCUGGGAAAACAGGCAUAAUAAUGGACUAUCUGGGAAAUGUGUGCAAGAGGCUCAAGAAGAAGGGAAUUCCAUACUGCCUGAUAGAAGAGGAAGACCAGAAAUCUCUUUAGAUGAAGAAGGUGGAAGAGGACAAGCACAUACUUCUGAUGAUUCAGAAGUUGUAUUUUCUUCUUGUGAUUUGAAUUUCAUCAUGGAGGACAGUGAUGGUGUAACAUAUACCUUAAAAUGUGACAGUCGUGGUCAUGCCUCAGAGAUUGUAUCUACUGUCCAUGAAGAUUAUUCUGGUUCUUCCGAAAGUUCAAGUGAUGAAAGUGAUUCAGAAGAUACAGAUUCUCAUGAUAGCAGUAUUCCAAGAAACCGUCUUCAGUCUGUUGUGGUUGUGCCAAAGAAUUCUACUUUGCCCAUGGAAGAAACAAGUCCUUGUUCUUCUCGGAGCAGUCAAAGUUACAGACACUAUUCUGACCACUGGGAAGAUGAGCGAUUGGAGCCAAGGAGGCAUCCAUAUGAGGAAAAAUUUGAGAGUAUAGCAAGUAAAGCCUGUCCUCAAACUGAGAAGUUUUUCUUUCAUAAAGCAACAAAGAAGAAUUCAGAAAUUUCUUCUAUACAGCCCAGCCGAAAACAGAUAGAUAAUCACCUGUCUGAAAUUGCUCAUCCUCAGAGUGAUGGGGUUGAUAGUACAAGUCAUACAGACAUAAAAUCUGACCCUCUAGGUCAUCCAAAUUCUGAAGAAACAGUGAAAGCCAAAAUAACUUCUAGGCAGCAAGAAGAGCUGCCAGUUUAUUCUUCUGAUGAUUUUGAAGAUGUCUCAAGUAAGUCUAGGCAACAGACCACUUUCCCUAACAGGCCAGAUAGUAGACUGGGAAAAACAGAGUCAAAUUUUUCUUCUUGUGACAUCUCCCAAGUGGAUGGUUUCCAUUCAUCCGAAGAGCUCAGAAAUCUAGGGUGGGACUUCUCUCAACAAGAAAAGCCUACUACCACGUAUCAGCAACCUGACAGCAGCUAUGGAGCCUAUGGUGGACACAAGUAUCAGCAAAGUGCAGAACAGUAUAGUGGGACACGUAAUUACUGGCAAGGCAAUGGCUACUGGGAUCCAAGAUCAGCAGGUAGACCGCCUGGAACUGGGCCUCUACGUGCUAGGAUCACAGAAGACUUUGUAAGGAUGGUUUAA